GGCACAGGUCCCCCUGCGCUGCCAGCCCAAUCAGGCCCGCGGCCGUAAUCUGACUCCGGCCUGGUGACGGGCGGGCGGGCGGGCGGGCGGGCCAGAGCCGCACUCGGCGGGGGGAAGGCAUGAGCGACAGAGCCGGACCGGCAGCCGGGCGGUGGUGCAAGUGCGGGCCUCGGUGCGGGAGCCAGGGCGCCAUGACGGCCUUCCGCGGGGUGUGGACCCAGGCCUUCUGGAAGGCGGUCACGGCCGAGUUCCUGGCCAUGCUCAUCUUCGUGCUGCUCAGCCUGGGCUCCACCGUCAACUGGGGCGGCGCCGAGCAGCCGCUGCCCGUGGACAUGGUGCUCAUCUCGCUGUGCUUCGGCCUGAGCAUCGCCACCAUGGUGCAGUGCUUCGGCCACAUCAGCGGCGGCCACAUCAACCCCGCCGUCACCGUGGCCAUGGUGUGCACCCGCAAGAUGAGCCUGGCCAAGUCCGUCUUCUACAUCGCGGCCCAGUGCCUGGGGGCCAUCCUGGGGGCCGGCAUCCUCUACCUCGUCACCCCGCCCAGCGUGGUGGGCGGCCUGGGCGUCACCACGGUCCAUGGGAAUCUCACUGCAGGCCACGGUCUCCUGGUGGAGCUGAUCAUCACAUUCCAGUUGGUGUUUACUAUUUUUGCCAGCUGUGACUCCAAACGGACUGAUGUCACUGGCUCCAUCGCUUUAGCAAUUGGAUUCUCUGUUGCAAUUGGACAUUUAUUUGCAAUCAAUUACACCGGUGCCAGCAUGAACCCCGCCCGAUCCUUCGGACCCGCAGUCAUCAUGGGAAAUUGGGAAAACCACUGGAUCUACUGGGUUGGACCAAUCAUCGGAGCGGUCCUAGCUGGCGGCCUGUACGAGUACGUCUUCUGCCCGGACGUGGAACUCAAGCGUCGCCUCAAAGAAGCCUUCAGCAAGGCGGCCCAGCAGACCAAGGGGAGCUACAUGGAGGUGGAGGACAACCGCAGCCAGGUGGAGGCCGAGGACUUGAUCCUCAAGCCUGGCGUGGUGCACGUGAUCGACAUGGACCGGGCCGAGGAGAAGAAGGGCAAGGACCCUUCGGGGGAAGUGCUGUCCUCGGUAUGACUAGAAGCUGGCACUGGAAGCAGACCCUCGUCCUCGGAGCUGCCCCCGGAGGUCCUCCCACCCAUCAAGGAGACGGACUUGUUGUAAAGUAGGCCUGUGUCCUGUCAUCUCACUCAGACUAGCUAACAAGCACUUCAUUCUUGGCUAAGGAGGAAUGGAAGAAACCAAUUGGGAAUUCCAAUCUAAAAAAAAAAUAA